AUGGACCAAUUCGCUCACCACAUGUUACCCUACGAGCUAAUGAGCCCCCAACUAUCUGAAGACACGGGUCUCGUUGUCGACACGACAAACCAGUUCCUUACCUGGCUCGCUGCAGGCUCAGACCCGAUAGGUGCGGUGCUGGCCGGCAUUGUUCACGCCGCAACUCACCCAGACGCCUCAGAGCCACACUUCUCCUCCUUCACCGCGCCCCUACUGCUUCUACUCAAGGCCGCUGAAUUCAACAGACUGCACGAGAAGAAAAUCAAGCAGCUCUAUGUAGCCCAGGCCCAACUCCCCGAUCUCCCGCCGGAACUUCAGGAUGACCUCCCGGUCCCGCGCAUCGUGAUGGAGGCCGGCAAAGGCGACGUCUACAACUCGAGCGUGUGGCUCGGACUGGAGCCAACGUAUACCCCGCUUCACCGCGACCCAAAUCCAAAUCUGUUCUGCCAGCUCGUUGGGAACAAAGUCAUCCGUCUACUGCCUCCGUCAUCUGGAGAUCGCUUGUAUCGCAGGGUACAGACGCAGAUUCAACAGUCCGGGAACAGCCGCAUCAGAACGGCGGAGAUGAUGGAAGGCCGUGAGAGAGUCGUCAUGAACACGGCCGUUUGGGGCAUGGAAGGCCCUGAGGACAUUUUGGAAGCCAGGCUGAGCCCUGGAGAUGCUCUCUUCAUCCCGACGGGUUGGUGGCACAGCGUUAAGAGUGGGCAUACUGAUGGGAGACUGAAUGCGUCGGUGAACUGGUGGUUCAGAUGA